CAGUGAUUCGGCGUCAGCGCUGUCGGUACUGGAUGUACUGCGUCUGAGAGAGACGUUUCACUUAUUUAACAAGUGAGAAGUGUUUGAAUUUUGUAAAGUAUAUUUGUCAACCAGACGUUAUAAAUGCAGAAUAAAUAAUGGAAGCUACAUCAACAGUAGGUGGCCUUCAGAAAUUAAUGGAAGGCUUGGCAAUAGCAGUGGAAAAGAAGUCAAAAGAUAUAUCAAACAUAUUGGAUUCCCUCGUGCCCCAGAUACAGACCUCAGGAGGUGACUUUGGAAACUGCAGCUCCUUUGAGAAGCAGCUGGAAACAUUGUUGCAGUGGGAAUCUAAAGAAAUUAUAGCAAAAGCGGCAAAGGUGGUGGCAGAAUUAGCAAAGUCAGAAAAUGGACGUGAAGAAUAUGGAAAUACAGCAAUUCUCAAGACACUAGUUGAGCUUCUGAAGACUAAGGAGCAGGAUUUGGACAUACUAACUCAAAUCUGCCGAGCUCUGGGAAAUAUAUGUUAUGAUAAUGACAAAGGCAGGAAAUUUGUUCUUGAUGCCAAUUGCUUGCCGGUCUUGUUGGGCAUCUUGGAACGGUCAGUCAGUGAAACUGGUGAAGAAGGCAGAACACUUCGAAAUGUCGCAGCUGGAUUUCUAUUAAAUUUACUCAUUGGACAGGAAGAUGUUCAACAAAAGGCAAUAGAGCUGGGUGUAUCCAGAUUGUUAUGCAGCAUCUUGGAACUUGAUGGAACUGUCCCAGAAGGGGAAGAGGCAUCUACACACAUACUGUUGAUUCUUGGAUUGCUCACUGACUUAGUGCCACCUUGUGAUUCAUUGUUGGAUGAAAAAUUGUGUCAAGUAACAGUGAAAGUAUUAGGUGCAUCUUCAUCCCCUGAAGUUAGUGAGAUGAGCUUGGAACUCUUGCAUGGACAAGCUGAAAAUGAGAAAGUUAAAAACCACUUAGCACAUGCAGGCUUAUGUGAGUUGUUGGUUCAGUUGUUAGAGAAACAUAAGCCUCUUGUAAAUGAUGAUGAAACCAGAAACCUCAUGAAGAUGGCCUGUGAUCUGAUUGUCCUCGUUCUUACAGGUGAUGUUAGUAUGAAUACACUGUAUGCAGAAGGAAAGGGUAAAGUGUUUCAGCAGAUGAUGUCUUGGUUAGGUUCAGGAGAUGAAGAUUUGCAGAUUACUGGUGUACUUGCAAUGGGAAACUUUGCUAGAACAGAUAAACACUGCAUCCAGAUGGUAGAAGCUGGUGUGAGCAAGAAACUGUUAGCUCUUGUUGAAAAGAAUAACACACCAUCAGCAGAUAUACGACUGCAGCAUGCUCUUCUUAGUGCCCUCAGGAAUUUAGUGAUACCAAGCCAGAAUAAAGCCAUAGUGUUGGAAGAUGGUCUAGUGGACACCAUAUAUCCUAUGCUGGCCAUCCCUACUUUCCCUGUUGUUUUCAAGUUACUGGGGACCCUGCGUAUGGUUAUUGAUGGACAGGAGAGUGCAGCUUGCAAGCUCGGGCAGAAGAAAGAUCUGGUCAGCAGACUGGUAACUUGGUGUGGGACUGAGGAUCACCCUGGUGUGCAAGGAGAAGCUAAUCGAUUGUUGGCAUGGCUCAUAAAAAACAGCAGGGAUCAGGAAGUUUUAACAACAAUUCUAGAAAGUGGAGCAGUUCCAUACCUAGUAGACAUGCUCACUGCAGAACAUGCUGUUAUGCAGAACGAGGCCCUCCUCGCACUUACUUUGCUUGCAUCAAUGAGACUGGCUGAUGCUGAGGCAGAUCUUCUUCAGGCUAAGAUUGGUGACAAAUUAGCCAAACUGAUUAAUGAUUUUGGACCAUCAUUAGCAUGUGAAAUGGUACAAAAUAUCUUGUCAUUAGUUAACAAGUUGGCAAAUGCAGGUGCUUUGCAGCAUCAUCUUGUUGAUUGUGGUGUCAGUACAGCAUUGUCUAAGCUUUCUUCGAAAGAAAAUGUUACCAGCAUAAGUAACCAGAUAACUCGAUUGACCUCUAUGCUUGACUCUGGCUGAACAUUCAUGGAGUUGUAUCUUGUUCAGUUAUUUGCUUCACAAUUAAUUUGAUUCUUUAAUCCUUGUGAUCUCAUUAUCUCAGUGUUUCAACAUCCACUCAUUUGAGAAUAAUCUUUUAAUGAUAUAGUGCUUAUGUGGGACUAUUUUAAGACAAUUUGCUGUUCGUCAGCUAACUUAAACUUAUCGUUUUUAAACAACUUGUUUACAUAUUUAUAAAAUAUGUAUAAUUCAUGUUGUUAUUAGUCAUCAUGAGCAAAAAUUUGUACGUAAUGUAGAAGCAUCAUAUUGCUUUUUAUUGCGUAUGAUAUUCAGUUUCAUAUUGAAAUGCUAGUUUACUGUUUUCACCAGCACAUAAAAAGAGGAGACACUGUUGGAAAAUACAGUAAGUUUUGAACUUGUUAAAUAUUGAAAAGCGGAAGGCUUUGUCUUUUGACAUAAGCUGAGUCAGAUCUUCUGGACUCGUACUGGAAUAUGUGACAGAUAGAAUGGUAAUAUGUGUUCAGAGUAGAUAAAUUAUCCUUCAGUGUCUUUGAAGCUUCUCUUAAACAGAUGAGAUUUCAUAUCUUAAAAUACAUAUUAUGUAAAGCACAAAGCAAAAGGUUCAUAAGACGUUAGAGAUGAACUAAGCCAUUUAUAUUUUUAGACAAUAAGUUGGAAAUGAAAAAACAAUAACACAAAAUACUGUUGCGUGUAGUUAACAGAUAUAUGAUGUAACUGUAAUUUUAUAGAAAUUUGCUUAUUGCCAGAUCAUUUUUUUAUCUUGCACAUUUUAUUGGCCCCCUCGUUGGUCUGACAGAUUACUGAUGGAUGGAUUUUAUUGGCUCCGUGGCUUUGAUGCAUGGGUAAGUGCUUGUGUAUAUAUUCAAGAGAGAACAGAAAAGCAGGAUAUUAUUUCAUGUUGGUUUGAGUUUAAGCCUUUAAAGCACAGUAGUUUUGAUACGUACCAUCCGCUGUAACAUUAAAGUACUGUGCGUCUUGCCCAUAUAAUGUUAUUGGUUUUGUAAGAUUUGAAAUUCUUAUGGUUGUUCGUAUCAAGAUUGCAGUGUUCUUGAAUAUGGUACCAUGUAAUUCAGUAAGCAGGCCCCAUCUUUGGAGGAACCUGCUGCCUCCAUCUUAAAGGUACAAGAAUGAUCUCCCCUCCAAAUGGUGGCAGCAAGUUCCUCUAAAACAUUUGUACCUAUCUUCCAGUCUACUUUGUAGCUUACUGUUGUGUUUGAUUACAGUGAUAAUUUUUAUUCACUUCUUUCAACAACAGUUUAUACAUCAACUUCAGGGUACAGAUUGUGGCAUGUAAUUAAUGCCACCACGAAACCAUUUCACAAAAAAAUGAGAAAGAAAUUAUAACAUAAUACCUAUGAUGGUAAAGCUUUUUUAAUCUUGUAGAGAGAAUGGACCCAUCCGUAUAUAAUUUAUAUUAUAUAAAGCUGCUAAAUUAUUUAAAACUGCAGUGUUGAUGUCAGUUUGCAUUAAUACAUCUUUUGUUAUUGGAUUUUUCUUUAUGUUCUAAAUUAAUUUUUAUGAGCUGGUCACUAUAUGCGGAAUGGCAAUGUAGUUUCCACUUUCAACCUUCCCACAGAGAGGGUGAUAAACAGAUCUCCAUUCCUUAUUUUGUGAUCAACUUUAUAGAAGAGUACUGUCUUCUGGGGUGCAGUGCCGUGUAGUCUGGUAGGUGAUCACCAAUAUUUUAGAGGUACAUGUACUGAACUACAUAGUGUUAUGUCCCUGAAGGCAGUACUCUUCACAGUCACUGCUAUGAGAACCUCAAAUCCAACAGAACUUCAGAGAAGUUCACCUAGAAUAUAAAGCAGCACAAACCCAGUAAUAAGAGAUAUAUCAAUAUGAACUCAGAGAACUUUUAUUUUAAUAGUCAUAAUAAUUUAACAGUUUUGUAACAUAUCCAUUUUAUAUUUGUGAUGCUGUAGCUCAGGUGAUUUGUAGCUGGAAGGUCGAUUAACAUCACGAGGUUGAGUGGACCCUGUUCCAGACCCACUGCUUCUAAGAAAAAAUCUGGUAGCGCUGGGAAUUGAACCCAGAACGCUGACCACUAGACCACAGAGACAGUCUUUAUUUUUCCCAUGCUGAUUAUAACUUCACAAUUACUCAUAUUCAUCCGUCACUGCCCCCCAAGUUGUCUGUAGUCAUGACCAGCAGCAUAUUAUCACAUCUCAAUCUUUAAAUUUGGGGCUCCAUUUCUAGUGUUUCAUUUGGCUGGUUUCAGGUAAGGAAGUUUUUUAAGUUAUUAAUUUUACAUUCUGGAUAAGGCAUGAUCACACAUAAUGUCAUAUAUGAAUUUGCCCAUCCUCUCCAUGUACUUAAAAUCACUGUAAUUGUGUAUUAAAUAAUAAUUUCUAUUUCAUUUUUAUGAAAAAUCAGUCAGAUGUUGAUAUUCAUAACAUGCUGAAACAUGUAACCUGAAGUUGUGAUAUAUAUUGUGGUGUACAGACCCAUUGCUAAGCAGUGACUCUGUAAACAUUGGUUGUUGCUAGAUAACACCCACAACAUAUAUUCACGCAACAAUAGAAAAACAGUCUUUUCUGUGUAGUUUGCACCAUGACUAUUGCUAUGGAUUGGCACGGUGAGUGCACCUCUACAACAAUAGAGGGGCUGUGCUUCCUGCAUGGUCCAUGCUGAGGAGUUAUCUUGAAGACACUUUGCUCUGCAGUUUAGUUGAAAGUUAAGUUGUGGAGUAUUAAGCAGUGGGCAACAACAUAACCACAAAAGCUUAAGAAUCUCCACUGUCAAGAUUCAUUACCAUGAAAGCAUUGUGGAGGAAUAACAAUUGUUGAGAGCUGUUACCAAGUAAUGACUAGUGAAAACAGAAUGAGAAGACUUAGCAUGGAGUGAUUUGUAGUGUGGAAGUCAUAGGCAUUUGUAGUUACAACCUGUAAGUAAUGAAUACAUGUAUUCACCACUUGAAACCCCAUCACUCUAAAUCGUGACAAUAUGCUGAUGCUGACAGAAGUGAAUAUAUAUAUUAGACUACAUGGAGUCAUAUCCCAAAGACCAUAAUCUUGAAGAAAAUUGUAGAGGAUAGGUCAUUACAGAGACAUGAGAAACUGUAUUUAUAAUUAGUAAGAUACUUUGGGACACCAAAGUAUUUUUCAAAUUACAGAAUUGUUCAUCAUAAAGGCUACAGCUUUUUUGUCAGUCCUCUGACUUAAGAGAUACAGCUGCCACAUAUGUUCUCAUAUAGGAAAGUAAUGUCCUCUAGUGCAGUAAUGGUUGGGGAUCUGUCUACAUUUUACAUUUUAUUCAUAAAACAGUGUAGUUUCUGUUAUUUUACAGCAGCUAUCCAGUGGGAUUCCACAAUAUUCAGACACCCUUUUCAAUGACGUGAUAUUCAGUGAAAGUAAUUAACAUUUUCUCAUACUUAAUUUUCAAGUCCCACAAAUAGUCUUUUCUUAUUUCUAUAAAUUUUCACUUUACUUUCUUGAGAGGCAAAGUCACAUAUAUAUUUAUGUAUGGAGAACAUGACCAGGUAUUGUUCCCUGCUUGUUAUUCAUUCAUGAGGUGUAGUCUUUGAAUUCUUUUCAGAGUAUUUUCUAAUGCACUGUCCUGGAAAGACAUGAAACACAUUUCUUCUUCAGUUAAUUGUUCAAAAAAAAGAUACUGAAAUGUAGUUCAUACAAGUCUUCAGGGGUUGUUAAAAAAUGCUCCAAGAACUGAUACAAGUGGCAUAGUGGGAAGGAGUGCUAGAAGUAAUCUCAUCAAAAUUUUCACAGUGUGUUUGUAGUCCUGACAGAAUGUAAAUUUACAGCAUGUCUACAUACUUGUCUCCUGUUACUGUGCCUGCAGAACAAUAUGGUCCCAGUAUUCUGAAGGAAGAGGUGCUACCACAGAUUCUUACUCCUGAUUAGUUCAAUUGAGUUUCCAUUGUGAUAUCUGGGAUUUCUGUACACCAUGACAAAUAGUCUGUUUACAUGACCAUGUUAGUUUAAAACUUGCUUUUUAAGUCCAGUUUUUUAAUGAUUCAAAUAGGGUUUCCAUCCAGUUUAUUUAACAUGAAAUCACAAAAGUGAAGUCUGCAGUCAGGAUCUACUCCUAGAAACCCAUGCCCCAUGAACGUAUUGUUUAAAUAUGGCUUCACGUAAUAUCCAUUGAACUAACCAUCUGGAAAGUCUCUGCUCCAGAGCGCAUGUGUGAGUAAAUUUCCUAGGACUUCAGAUUAUUGCUUGGAAAAUUAAUGAUUUGUUUGCCUCCAACCUUGCUGUUCUGUCUCUGUCUAUUCUCAGGUAAUCAGACUCAUUAAUAUGUUCUUCAAAUUAGUGAUGCAGACUGCACUUGACCUUACUUGUUGAUGGACCUCAAUCAGUAUGUUCAUGCCAUUUGCAACAAUCACUUCAAAACGACCUUUAUACCACCUAUUUAAAGCAAACCCCUGUUCUUGUUUCAUUAAGAUAAUCACACAUGAGAGACACAGUACAGGGCAGAAGAGAACAAAAAGGUCAAAGAAGCAUCAUUACACUAACUAGCAUACUCUGACCAGUAGCUGGCAGGAAGCAGCUGUUAAAAGCUGUUACCAUGUCCAACAGUGCAAAAGCCAACCGAUAAGCUCCAAUGGGUAGUGACUUUUGCACCUCGCAGUAUUUAUUUCCUUCGCUUUAUUGAAUCCCAGUUCACUUGGACCAAAGAAAAAAAUGUGUUGGCAAUGUAUCUCAGUCUGCAUGUUUCUCGUCAUUAAGCAUAAGUCUUGUUUUGCACAGAAGACUGCAAUCCCAGUAAACUAUUUAUGGAUUGUUUGAGAUUUGUAUUUCAGUAUUUGUUCUGUGUUUCUUUAAAUUUAGAAUGAUAAAGAUCUUAACCUUGAAAUGGAAGGUACCUGGUUCAACUUUAUCGUGACAGGCUUUUUUUCUAAUUUUUUGCUCUCUGAGUAACUGCUGAGUUAGUAACCAGAAUUAGGCAUGAUUGUAUCCUUAAAACUCCUUGCCUCUUCAACAUUCAGGAUUUUUCCCCUUCCUUUUGAUCCUACCUAACACCUGUAUUUGAAAUAGCUUUAAAUAACCAAAGAAUCAGUAAACAGUAACCUAAUAAAAAUAUGUGGCAAGAUACAUUUUUAUCUACUAUGGUUUCUUCUUUCCCCAUAAAAGAACCCAAAAUGCAGGUUUUGUGGUGCAAGUUCUGAAAAGUAGUUUAUAAAAUUGGAUUACCCAAUGGAGGCACAUAAGUAUAAUGAUAUAGUUAGUUUUGUGGUGCUUCAUAUAAUGAUCAUAUUAUGCUCAAACAUAAAAUUUAUAACUUAAUACUUUUUUGUUAUAAUUAGGUACCAUAUUAUAUCGUUGUAGUAAUUUUAUAUUGUACGAAUUUCAGACAUUGCACUUUGUUUGAAAAACAUUUUUUUAAUAUAAAUUACAUUGUUUUGAAAUAGUUAAUGGUUACUCAUUAGAAGUGACCAGACUGAUUUAGACUGGUGACUUUGUUAUAUCCACUAUUUUUCAUAGUUCAUUCAGUGCAUAAGAGAGUUUUUUUAAUGUAGAAUAAUAGAUUUUUUUAUCUAGGCUUUUGUAUUUAUGAAAAAGUAACAAUGUUUUAGUUCUGCACAAAUAUUGCUCUUUAUAUACUGUCUUAUUAACUUGGUAUAAGCUUUAAUAUUAUAGGGUAUAAAAUUCUAACAUAGGAUAUAAAGAAGGUAUGUACUAUUGGCAUAAACUACAAACACUUGAUGCCCAAAUUUAGAGGUGAACACAAUACAGUUUUCAAAUUUAUAUAAUUCUUUUAUUGUUUGUAUAUUAUGACAGAACUAUCCUCUUUAAAUUGAAUGUAACAUGAUUUGCUAUCAGUUCUUCUCUUCAUCCAUAUAAGGAUUCCAUUCUUAAAGUAUGCAGAAGGGGUGCUGACAACAAGGAAUCUGUUUUAGGGACUUUAAACAGUAGUGUUAAUGAUGACAUGUAAGAGAUACUCUAUCAAAUAAAACUUCUGCACUCUU